UUGUUCUACAGUCUCUCUCUCACACACACACACACACACACUCACAUCAGGGAUUUUCUUCCUCUACAGUAAAAGCCUUGCGCUGACAAUGUGGACACCGGGCAGGAAUACUGAACACAAUUUCGGCUUUGUUUGAUCUGCGCGUGAAGCUCCAAAAAAAGAAUUGAAAGAGAACAGGAGGACAAAAAAAGGCAGUUCAUCAGUUCAUCACCUUGAACAGCUCCAUUAUUUUUAGAGCUUCUUUCAUGCGACUCCCUGCGACGGACUCCACAUCCAGAAUGAACUGUGAGCAGGAUUUCGGAGACGGGGGCAUGAACGUCACUCUCACCCUCAGGUUGCUCAUGCACGGCAAGGAGGUCGGGAGCAUCAUCGGGAAGAAAGGAGAAACGGUGAAGAGGAUACGAGAGGAGAGCAGCGCACGCAUUAACAUCUCCGAGGGUUCUUGUCCUGAACGGAUCAUCACCAUCACCGGCCCCACAGAAUGUGUGUUCCGGGCCUUCACCAUGAUCACAAUAAAGCUGGAGGAGGACCUGGCUGCUCUGGUGGCUAAUGGCACAGUCACCAGCAAGCCUCCAGUCACGUUGCGACUGGUUAUCCCUGCCAGCCAGUGUGGCUCUCUAAUUGGAAAAGGUGGCUCAAAAAUCAAAGAGAUCAGAGAGAGCACCGGGGCACAAGUGCAGGUCGCAGGAGAUCUGCUUCCCAACUCCACAGAGCGAGGUGUGACGAUAUCCGGGAGCCAGGAAGCCAUCAUCCAGUGUGUCAAACUAAUCUGCACUGUCAUACUCGAGUCACCUCCAAAAGGUGCGACAAUUCCAUACCGCCCUAGCCCCUUACCCGGGGCGGUACUGCUCUCUGGAAAUCAGGUUUUCGAAGCUUCUGAGUUUGGGUCUCACCCUCUUUUCUCAGUGGCUCAGGGAGCUCUGGAUCUGCAACAAAGACACAAUGCCGUCUUGAAGCUUUGCGCUUCACUAAUAGCAGUGGUUCAGGCAUACACUGUACAGAACCAAUAUGGCAUUCCACAUUCAGAGCUGGCCAAGCUGCACCAGUUGUCCAUGCAACAAGGUUUGACCCCAAUCGCUCAGCCAGCAGCUACAGCCGUCCUGCCUGCAGGCAUGGACACCAGCACCCAGACAGCAUCGCAGGAGCUCCUCAUUCCAAACGACCUGAUUGGUUCCAUCAUCGGCAGGCAAGGUACAAAAAUCAACGAGAUCCGCCAGGUUUCCGGCGCCCAAAUCAAGAUUGGCAGUCAGUUGGACAGCACCAGUGACAGACACGUCACCAUCACAGGCUCUCCAAUCAGCAUCAACCUAGCGCAGUACCUCAUCACAUCCUGUUUAGAGACCGCCAAAUCCACCGCCCAGUCCUCCUCCAUGUCGAGCCCCGUAGAGCUGAACAUGAGCUUCACCCAGCCCGCCUCCCCUGCCUCGUCCUCCGCCGCAGCCCUGGCAGCGAUGGGCGCUCUGCCCCACGCUCCAAUCCUGGGCGCUCCCUAUGCCCUCCCCCUCUCCAGCCUCCUGGGAAUGAAAUCCGUCCCCUUCCUGACACUCUCGGCUCCCGCUGGCACAGCCGCCGCCGCUCCGGCCCACGCUACCCUGGCAUCCUACACGGCCAAGAUCUCUUCAGCCAAUGGAAUCAAGAAACCGGAGCGCCAGAAAUUUGCUCCGUACUGACCCUCGUCUUGAAAGAGACAAAAAUAAAUAAAUCUCAUGUCUGUUCAAAGCAAAGUGAGGAGCUCCUCUACUUUUACCUGUUGUAGCCAUGUAGUUUAAAGAGACUUUACCCUUUUUUUGUUUGUUUUGUUUCGUUUUGAUUUAGCUUGUUACAUAGCUUGUCCUGAACUUUAGGACAAUAGCGUAUUUAAAACAAUUCUCUUUGUUUUUUUUUUCUUCCCUGGCUGAUGUAGCCUCGAAAGCCAUAGCUUCUUCCUACCCUCAAAUUUUCUCCGGAUCCUAAUACCCGUCUAUUGUCCACUCUUAUUUAUUAACGAUUACAACAUAUUCCCGCAAAAGACUUUAUACGAUGAGACACUGGUGACUGAUGCUAAACACUUCUGUAUCAGCUUUUAUACAACGAUAUCUGUGUAUGCCUCUGUAUACAAACUUUCUCAUUUUUUUAAUACUCUAAACUAUAUAUUAAAGAAAAUAGGUGGGGGGGGAGGGGGAGGUUUUUAAGAAGUUGACAGGUUUAAACGCUCGCAUUGUGUUGGUUGUUUUUUUUAAUGUUUUGUCACAUUUGUUUAAAAAUGGGUUAUUUAUUUUAUUUAUUAUGUAUGUUUUGUUUUACGAUAAGUGGUUUCCAUGACGACAGCCGUCUCCACUCACAGAUAUACAGUUUCUCACUGUUCAUUUACGGAGGUGAUGUGACUAGGGCCUUUUUCACUGAGAGAGAAUAAAAAGGCCACACACACACACACACACACACACACACACACACACACACA